GUGGAAUGACAACGUAAAAAAAAGUUGAAAAUUUUUACGCGACGGCGUAUCAUUCCUCGGAAAAUUCGCUUCUAUAUUGGUUUUUAACGGUUGUAACCAAACAUUAAUUGGUAAAAAUAGCGUGCAUCGAGUAAAGUAAAUCGAAGUCCCUAAAUUCAACUAGAAAUAAACUAACAGAAUGGGCAAAUCGAAGAAAAAGUACGACAGUAGCAGCAGCUCCAGCUCUUCCGAGGUCUCAGACUCGAGCGACAGUACCAGCUCGGAGGAUGUGGAAAUCAAGCGACGAAACAAGAAGAAGAAGAGCAGUGGUAGCGGUGGUGGUGGUGGUGGCAGUAGCAGUCGCAAGCAUAAGAAGACAUCCGGAAAGUCUCAACAUGCUAGCUCCGGAACGGAGCUAGACUCCGCCAGUGAGCAAUCUAGUGACGAGGAAACCAAGGCCGCAGUGGCGGCAGCUGCCGCCAAGAAAAAGCACAAGAAACAUAAGAAGCAGAAGAAGGCGAAAAAGCACAAGAAACAUAAGUCCCGAGCCGCGUCGGAAGAUGAAAAACACCGAACGGAUUUACACGACGAGGAAGAGGAUGAAGUAGAAGAGAUUAUCGAAGAAGUGGUGCCGGAUCGAAGGCAUCGGACGAAGUCGUCCGAUCAUCAUCAUCGUAAGGAGCGAGAUUACGGAUCCUCGCGUGAUACCGGCGGUGAUCGGCGCGCAUCUUCUCCCGCGGAUCGAGAUCGUAGUCGCGGUCAUGACCGUUCGGGCACAAGCCAGAACGCCAAACUUCAUUCAUCUUCAAAAUGGGACAGCCCAGCGGACGGGGGAGAUUAUCGCCGCAAGCGGUCACAUUCCCCACGCGAAUCGGGCGGUGGUAAUUUUAGACAUGGACGAGGAGGAACCUACGAAGAUUAUCGUAAAGCUCCAAGGUCACCGCCACCGCGUGAUUCACCGGUGCGAAAUGAGUACGAUCGGGGUGGUAGAUCUCAAACGCAGGGACGAACCCUUGGACGAGGUGGAGGUGGUGGCCGGUAUGAUGAUCGUCAUUCUUCACCGCCGCCGGCUGCUCCCCAGCAGGAGCGUCGCUGGGGUGGUGGCGAUAGAUACGAUGAUGAUCGGCAUGGUAAUCGGCGGGAUGAUUUUAGAAAGCCCUCACCGCGACGACGAUUUGGCGAGGAAGAACCGCCCAGGUUUGAGGGUGGUCGCCGGGGCGGAUCCCAUCAUUAUCAAACAUCACAUGCGCCUCGCUAUGAUGAUUAUUCCGGACGUGAUCGAAAUCCUCGUGAUCGGAUGCCGAGAGGUAAUCGUGAUGAUUAUGAAGAUCGGGGCGGUCCUCCGCAAAGACGUCGAAAUUCUCCGAUGGGUGCACCGCCACCGCGCGGUGGUCGCGACCGUAGUCCAAUGCAGCAAGACUUCCGUGGUGACUACGGUGGUAAUGCCGGUCGUGGUGGUGGUGGAGAAGGCUACCGGGAUCGGUACGACGGUCCUUCGCCGCAAUCGGAUCGUGGUCGCUUUCAGCGCCGUGGCUCUUUCAACCGUGGUGGUCGUGGUGGCGGUGAUCGCGGUGGACGUCGCGGCGGUUAUGGUGGUUCGGAUCGAAAUUUUGGAUCGGAUCGCGAAAUGGACAACCGCAAGAUGGGCUGGGCAACUCGCAAAUCGCAGCCUCCGUCACCUAGGGGAUCCCCAUCUCGCUCGAGAUCACGUGAUCGGGACGACAUGGACCGCAAUGGGGGAGCUCGUGGCAGUCGGGGCGGCCGUGGCAGCAGUCCACCGCCAGUGAAGAUUGAACGUCGGACUGGACCUUCGUCGCGUAGUCGCAGUCGCAGUCCGAUCGGGGAGCGAAGAUCCGCUCCCGCUCCGCUUCCCCAGCGACAGCGAAAAUUCCCUCGCAAGGACGAAAAAGACGACGGUGAUGAUUACGAGUGGGGAGGUAAACGGAAACAGCCAGUCAAGCGGGAACCGGGUUUCCAACGCGGUAGUAGUGAAGAGUCCGGUUCCGAGAAGAAACCUCCCCCGGAGGAGAAAGAAAAACCAAACUUUGCGCUGUCCGGUAAGCUGACGGAGGAAGCAAACAAAGUGAACGGCGUGGUUAUAAAAUAUGCCGAACCGCCGGAAUCCCGUAAACCCAAGCGCCGUUGGCGGUUGUAUCCCUUCAAGGGGGAACAGGCCCUGCCAACGUUGUACAUUCACCGGCAGAGCUGCUACCUGAUUGGUCGUGAUCGGAAAGUGUGUGACUUACCCAUCGAUCACCCGUCCUGCUCGAAACAGCAUGCUGCUCUUCAGUACCGGCUGGUACCGUACGACCGAGAGGACGGAACUACGGGCAAACGCGUCCGGCCAUAUAUUAUUGAUCUGGAGUCAGCCAACGGUACGUUUGUCAACAAUAAAAAGAUCGAGACGAAGAAGUUUGUCGAACUGCUGGAGAAGGACGUACUCAAGUUUGGGUUCAGUUCCCGCGAGUACGUGCUGCUGCAUGAGAACAGCAAAGAGGACGAAGAGGAUGACGACGUUAUUGAUGACAAAGGUGGUAGCGCCGGCACCGGCGGGGCCACCAGCAAUGGGAAUGCGCGUGGCAAGCGCGAACCGAGCGAGUGAGGCGACGGAGACGUGAUCGACACGCGAAAGCGAUAAAUCAUGUUACACUUAAGAACUAGGUUGGAUUAAUUGCAUCUAUAAGCUAUUUUAACCAGCAGAAGACAAUGCCCAGCAGCUGCGCAAGGACAGACAGGUGCAAGCCACAAAGCAAACAAAGAAAAAAAAAAAACGAUAGUACUACUCUAUCCAACGCAAAAAAAAAAACAUAUUGCAACUUAAAGCAAACAUAGUGUGUGUAGUAUUGGCAUAUUUAGACAAACAAACAAAAAUCAAGAGCGUUCAAUAAAGUAUAGUAUUCUUACUCUCCAAAGCUGAUGGGUGUGCGCCUG